CACUCCUACCUCGAGACACACACACACCAACUCAUGUCGACCCUGAACCGGAUUCGCCUUUCAAACUUGUUGGAUUACUUGCGGAAAGCGUGGAGCAAUGAUCACCACCACCGACGAACCUGUAACAGACAGACAUGCAAAAAGAUUGGAAAAAAGGAGAGUGCAAAUCAAGGAAAAGAUACCAAAAGAUGUAGAACCUCCCGUCUCGACCCCUCAACACUCCUUACCUCCUCCUGCCUUCCCGUAUGUUCCCCAUGGUUCGACCAUUUCCCCGGGGUUCAAUGACCGACCAAAAGCAGGAUCGAGGACGAGCCUUGCGUUGCUUGAACGUGUAUGAGACGUAUGGGGAUAGAAGG